UAAAGAUGAGCAUCUGGCUGAUGAUGAUCUGGGUGUCUCACACCAUGGGAACAGCGACAAAGCCGUUCAUUGUAACACAAUGGCCAACAGUGGCUGAAGUAAUGGCUGGAGAGGAUGUCAUUUUAAACUGCAACAUUGUAGAGUUGUACUCCCCGUGUUCGACAGUGACUUGGCUGAAAGUCAUUCCCGAGAAUGCGACGAUCAGCCUCACCGAUAGACUUCAAAUGGACCCUCAUCACUCAUCCAACCAGUGUAAUGGUGUUUGUACUGCUGUUAUCACCAAUUCAACAGUGCAUGACUCCAGUAUGUACUACUGUGCAGCUGUGCAAAGCCGCUUUGCUCACAUUGGUAAUGGAUCCAGAGUCAUUGUGAAAGAACACACUGUUUUUCCUGUUAUUGAUAUUCUUACACCGCUGUUCACAAACGGUCCUUUGGUCCCACUUUUAUGUGUUGUGAAUGGGGCCGAGGCUUCUCGGGUUCAUAUGUCCUGGACUGUGGAGGGGAGAAAAGAGAAAGGACUGCCAGUUUUGACAAAUGGAAAUGCUGGUGCCAUCCAGAUAACUAGGAACCAGAUCCUGAUUACUGCUGAGGAGUGGGAAAGGAAGGUGCAGUGUGUGUGUGUAGUGGAGUUUGGAGGACAGCUUUAUACAAAGACCCUUGAUGCACCAGAUGUGUGUUAUGCUGUGAAAUACAUAUAUCUGUCUGUGUGCUUAAUUUUUGGUCUGCUGCUUCUGAUAACAGUGAUAGUUUACAGUCUGGGACAGAAAACUGUUGUGAUGAUGUGUCUAUGCAAAAACAUAUAAUUUCAGAGUUUUGAGUUUUUAUCUGUUAUUUUGCUCUGACACAUUAUUAUUUGUCAAACUUAUUUUGGCAUUUGGCAUUGCUGUACAUCAGAUGAAAGAUGGCAACAGUUACUAAUAUUAGCAUGAGUAACUGUGAUGUUUUUGUUCAGCUUUUUGUUGAUUGUUAAGGAUCUUUGAAGUUUUGAAUGUGUUCAAGUGAAAUGUCAAAGUGAACUGAAAGGGUAAAUUUAGACUUUCACCUAAUAUGUUCUGAACUUUGUUUAUUACAAUAAAGUGAAUAAAAU